CGGCUGCCCACAUUAUAUAGACGGCAUCACAUCACGGACGGCAUCAUCCAUUCAUCCAUCAGCUGCUGACUGAAGAUCCUCCUCGUGCCGAUGGCUAUGUCAGCUAUUCGAGAUGGACAACGAGGGACGGAGACGGCAUCACAUCACGGACGGCAUCAUCCAUUCAUCCAUCAGCUGCUGCUGAGGGACGGAGACGGCAUCACAUCACGGACGGCAUCAUCCAUUCAUCCAUCAGCUGCUGCUGAAGAUCCUCCUCGUGCCGAUGGCUAUGUCAGCUAUUCGAGAUGGACAACGAGGGAGCUUGGAGACGGCAUCUGCACAUCACGGACGGCAUCAUCCAUUCAUCCAUCAGCUGCUGCUGACUGAAGAUACCUGUGGCUGUCGCCACACACGGCAUAUCGGCGACCAAGAAGCGAGCGGCACUGAUGAUGAUCAAGAAGCGGACAAGGAGGAGGGAGGGAGACGGCAUCACGGCAUCCAUCCAUUCACCACCAUCAGCUGCUGACUGAAGAUACCUGUGGCUGUCGCCACACACGGCAUAUCGGCGACCAAUUUUUCGAGCAUGAUAGCAGCGAAACUCUCUAUGCUCAUGUCUCUCUAUGCUGCCACUUGGUGCAGGUAUAUCGGUGAAGCUCUCGUCGUCCUGCUGCUGUGCAUGGAUCGCAUUCUAAUAUUCCCGACGGCCCCACAGGUACGUAAGUAAGGGAGAAAAAAGAGAAUCAUGAACGUUGGCUCAUGGUCUCCUGUCUCCUCUCUUUGUUUCCUUAUGCUUGGCCGCUUCGGCGGCCAGGCAUCCAUUGGCUUUCUCAUCCAUUGGCUUUCUCAUCUUCAGAGUGUAUCACUGACAAUCGGGACGCCUCGGCGGAGCAGGGAUGCGGUUACAAGAUCCGGUGGCGUCUGGUCUGUGACAGUUACAGCGAUUAUGGGGAGUGCCCUAUUAUCUGUCUUCCCGUAGAGCGCCAGGCGCCACCUGGGAGCUGCGGCGCUAUGUGCCUGGCUGAGAGGAGUCAGCAGCCCGACUGCCGUUGUGGCUUUACACGCCCAUGCCCUAUGCAUAAGAACCACUGGGACAACAGCUGCUGUGACGUCACCGGAGAUUGCACCGGACGCUAGGGACGGCACCGGACGCUAGGGACGGCAUGCACUCGAUGGAUGUGUGUGUGUGUGGUGAGUUCUCCUUGUGUUCUUUGUUGUCUUCUUGUCCAUGUAUGGCCGCAAGCGUCGCAUCACUGAGUCUCUGUACGUCCAUUACACCACAUAUUUGUCCGUCACUUUUUGCCGCUUGCCGGUGAUGGCGUGAUGUGUAUUUGUGGGCUGACGAAUGGCGAGAACGCGUACCUGUACAACGAGUGCGUGUGCUGUGUGCGCGCUGUCAUGCGAUGUCGGCGAUAUGAUAUUGAGCCUGUCUGUAUGUGUACAUGGGGGCGGGGACAAAGGAGGGAAAGUCGUGUGCGUCUUGUCAGGUGGGUUUGCUCCGCAAAAGAGAGAGCAGACCAGAGACGAGUGACACACACAUUGACAGAAGAGGAAAUGAAUGCAAUAUGCUUGCACGAACACCAACAAACUGCACAGACAAGGAACGCUUCAG